AUGGUGGAAUUUGCAUCCUACGACGAGAUUGACUGGCAACAGGCAGAAGAGGAUGAUAACAAUGCCAUUGAGCAACUGCUCAAGGGCGCAGAGGAAGGGGGACCUAUUCUACAUGAUGAUCGUGAGCUUGAGUUGGGAGAAAAAGCGGAAAAUGCAGAAGAUUAUGAAGAUAUUGGAGAUGACGAUCUUCCGGAGGAAGAAGAGCCGACAAUUAAGAAGGAACCUGUUGAGACCAAUCUGGAAGAUAUAGACUUCGACGAAGAUGAUUUGUUUGGUGAUGGCGGGCGGGCUAGCUCUCCUUUUGACAAUAACUUCGAAGCGCAGGAUAUAGAGCUCACUACUUGCACUGGGGAGUCUAGAAAAAUAGACCCAGAUACUGUCUUGCCUACAUUGGAGCCUGAGCCAAUAAUCGACUUACGCGAGCUAAAUUUCCCCUCAACCUACGAAGCUGAUGAUGAUAUCAUAGUAACAGACGACGUUGAAGAGGUUAGAAAACUUGUUCAAGAAAAAUUUCCUACCUUCGAUGCUGAUGGAAUUCUUAAUUGGAACGAACUUCUACCAACUAAGGGUGCUUUCUGGACACCACAAGAGCCUCUUAAGCCGCCUAAACCGACAAAUCCUACCAAAAUUAGUCUUGAUCUCGCAGAAGACCAGGAAAAGUUGUUUCGGGGGUCUGCUCCAACUAUUGGUGAUAAAUUUAAACGUGCUGUUGAUAUCAGCGCAAAAGGCAUAGUAACGGUUGAAAGUGAAUCUGUUGAACAAGAAGAAAGCGAGGACGAGUUUGACUUCUCACCACUCACUAUUAGCGAUAAAGUUGGUGGCUUUACUUUACGUGAUCUUGAAUUUAUUUGUUCAGACUUUGAGAAGGCUAUCAAUGUAGCUUGUGCCCCCGAACCAGUAGAAGAAGAAGAGGAGCCUAUGGACGAGUGGGAAAAAGAAAUACUGGGUCAUUCCUCAAAACGAAAGAAAAAAGUUAAUGAAAUUGAGAAAGAAUUUAUUAUUGAACCCAGAUAUGCUGUUCCAUCAUUUGAUAAUUUCGAGGCAAUGACAGCCCAGGUGGCUAAACGGGUCAUAAUAGAUCUCAAUGACCCAUAUUUGCUUAUUGAUAUGCAGGAAUCCAAUCCUCAAUCAAAGCGUCGGCGACUCGGUCCCGGUAACUAUUCACGGAAUGGAAAUGAUAGCUUCACCUCUAGGCUCACCUCUAGGUUUAACUACUCAAAUGACGAAGCUUAUGAAGCUCUCAAAGAAAACCAUCAGAAUAAGGUUAGGGCCACAUUAGGCCACCUCACUGUAGAACAUAGUAUGCCAGCGCUAAAGCUACAAUGGCCGUAUUACCAGGUCAAACUGUUUGUGGAUCAAGCUAGAUCAUUUCAUCGCCCUUCGCUCAAAUUUAAGCGUUUUCAGGGUCAGCUCAUACAUUUCUCAAAGCCUGGAAUGCGAAAAAAAAAAGCCGUUAAAGGUAUGCAAACUCACGAAAUUUUCAAGGAGACCAAGGAUUUGUCUCUAGCAGACCACUACUCAACAGCAACGCUAUUUGAGUACUCAGAAGAACACCCAACUGUUUUAUCUGGCUUCGGUAUGGGUAAUCGCAUCAUAAAUUAUUACCGUCGCAAAGACGCGGAUGACUCCGAACGCCCUCAGCCUGAGGAUAAGAUUGGUGAUACAACUGUACUUUUACCUGAGGAUAGGUCGCCAUUUUCUAAUUUCGGUAUGGUUGAUCCUGGACAAACCGUGCGCACCCUUCACAAUAGCAUGUUUCGAGCACCUAUCUUCAAACACGAAACUAAGCCUACAGACUUCUUAUGCAUACGUAGUAGCACUGGCAUUGAGGGUACAAAAUGGCACCUAAGAAAUAUAGAUAAUCUCUUCGUAGUCGGGCAACAGCUCCCUUCCAUGGAGAUACCCGGUCCACAUUCGCGGAAAGUCACCAAUGCUGCCAAAAAUCGAAUGAAAAUGAUAGCCUAUCGAAAAAUAAGACAUAGCCCUCAACAGCACGUCAAAAUUGCUGAUGUCACCUCUCACAUUAUUGACUCAACAGAUAUGCAGAACCGACAAAAGCUUAAAGAAUUUAUGGUCUACGAUAAGGUCGAAAAAGUGUGGAAAAUGCCACCUGGUGAUCAUGUUCGAGACGAGGCCCAGAUUAGAUCAAUGAUCAAACCAGAAGACGUUUGUGUCUUGGAUGCUAUGCAGGUUGGGUCGAGGUAUCUCGAGGACGCUGGCUACGAGGCAAAAGAUGAUAAAGAUGUAAAAGAUACGGAUGUUCCGGAUGGUGAUACUGAGGAGAGUCUAGAGCAGAGUUUAGCUCCCUGGAGUACCACCAAAAGCUUUCUGGAUGCAUCAGCAGAUAAAGCUAUGCUGGCUCUGAAGGGUCCUGGUGAUCCCUCAGGCUGUGGUCUAGCAUUGAGUUUCUUAAAGACUUCCAUGAAAGGUGGAUUCCUACAAAAUCUUGGCAAAGAUAAAGGUGAUGCGCAUCAGAAGGCUAGAGAAGCCCUCGAUCCUAGCAAAAAUGGCGGACAUACCUAUAAUGUAAAACUCCAACAAAAUAUAUACAAUAAUACAAUUCGUGAAAUUUGGGACGCUCAGAUGGCCAAUCUUAGUGAUCGAGCAGAAUACCAAUAUACCAGGGAAGAAAUAGAAAAGCACGAUACCCCGCGGAUCACUCAUUUUGAUGAUACUGCAAGUCAGUACACCUCCAUGAGCACGUCCGAAAAAAUAAUGCGUAUUACUAGAAAAUAUAAAAAUAAAUUAGGGCAUAUCGAGGAGGUUACCCAAACAGUCACUGAUCCUCGGAUAUGGAAAGCAUACCAAAAACGGCGAAUCGAAAUUGAUACAGCUGGAAAGGACGUAACAUCUUUCAGGCCUACGGGAGACCCAGAAAAAGACGAGGCCCAAAAGCGAGCUAUCAGAAAGGAAUUAGCUCGACUUAACAAGAACCGAGUUAGGCGUCAUGUCAGAGAGAAACAGAAGGGUAGAAUCAACCCUUCACAAGCUAGCUCUCCGGGACCAACCGGAUCACCUGCUCCUAUUCCAUCUGUUGAGAAUACAACCGGAACAACGAGAAAAUGUGCAAAUUGCGGCCAAGCUGGCCACAUCAAGACAAAUAAAAAACUUUGUCCAAUGUUAAACGGCACAAUGGAUUCAGAUGACUUAGCGCCAAAAAAUGGUGGCUUCGGCGCUAUCUCUACACCAUUAUUGUCAUGA